GCCUCGUAGCUGUCAGAAGUUAUUUCUUUCAAAGAAGGUAAUAACCAGACACAAAGUAAUUAUUUUUUACAGCACUCAUUAGAAAAGCUGUUUUAAAGAAGAACAUGGAAUACCUCGGUGUCUACUAGCCGCGAGAUAUCGUCGUAACCCAACCGCUGGUAAAAUUAAUCAGAUUUAACGUGGAGUGGUCCUCUAGAAACAAAAUGGCUAACGGCUAUCGUUAGCUUGUUGGAGAGGACGGUUUUGUUUUUGCUUUCCGUGUGUUUUCUUACGCGGAGAUGAUAGUACCUGGUCAACAACAAACUUUCAGGAUCUCAAGCAUCUUUCUGAGUGGAUUACCAAACAUGAAAGCAGCAGGACAACAUGGUAAAGAAAACAAAGCUAACUUUAGCCUAUGCCAACUUACAGCGCAUACCAACAGGGGAUGGAGCAGUGUAAACGGCAACCCCAGGACAGCAGAGGUCACGCCGGUGAGGUGUAACUGAAAGCUUGAUGGGUUCUCCUAAUAUAUGCUGAAGGUGUGGGAAGCCUUGUGUGAUCACAAUGAGCAGUUAUGAUUGAUCAGAAGCUGGAGAAACAAGAGGCUGUGAAGACUACUCUUUGCAAGCAGAAGCACAAGCUAACCAUGCUGACUACAACGGAGUGGGACAAACUACAGAGGCUUGUGACCAUCCUCGAACCAUGCAGAAAUGUGACUGAGCUCCUUGGAGGUGAGACUUAUGUCUCAAGUUCUGUGGUCUUACCUGCUCUCCACCACCUGGACCGCACCAUGGAGGUCUCUGAUGAGGACCCAGCCUACAUGGUGAGGUUCAAGACUGCCUUUUCAAAGGAUCUAUCCCAUCGUCAAGCAACACUCAACCAUGAAUGGCUCAAGCUGGCUACAGUACUCGACCCACGCUUUAAGGACUUGAAGUGUCUACCCAGAGGAGAGCGAGAAGGGGUGUGGACCAGCCUUGAGGCACUGCUGCAAACAGAAUACAAAAGUGCUACUCCAGAGCCCACAGACGAGCCAGCAAAGAAGAAGAGAGUCCUACUGUGUGCGUCAGACUCUGAUUCAGAUGAUGAUGUGGGGCCUAACAGGGCCUUGGGCCUCUACAGAGCAGAACCCACCAUUAGCGAGACAGACUGCCCACUGCAGUGGUGGUCAACUCAUGCAGGGGCCCAUCCACAACUGUCUGUCUGUCUGGCCCGCAAGUAUCUGGCUAGCCCUGCCACAUCUGUCCCUUGUGAGAGAAGAGUAACAUAGUUGAAAAGAAGAGGUCAGCCCUCAGCUCUGAAAAUGUCAACAUUCUUGUUUGUCUCAGCAACUGGCUGAAAGAGAGGGAGAAAUAGGAGGAGAAGAAGUAUUGUGAUGCCAGGCCAAUGGGUUUGUUGUUACUGUUAAGUUACACUAAGGUGUUGAUCAAACUGUUAAGGCCUAUGUUGCAAAGAUUUUUUGCUCAGGACAAUGGCAGAAUAGGAGUGGCUGUCAUCAGUUGAUGGAUCAUUUUUGUUUCUGUGUUGUUUUUCAAAACCAUUUAUGGUAGAAAGGGCACUUAAUGUUUAACUGUUGGUCUGUUUAUUUUAUGCCAAGGAUAUUAUUCUAACUAUUUUGCAAUGUUCAGUAUCCACUUUUCUGGAAUGUACUUUAAAGUGCUGUUUUUUAUUUUAAUAAACAAAAACAAAUGUAUUUAAGACAUAGAAAGUUUACAAAAAGUCCUGAAAAAUCUUGAA